AAGAAAAAAAAUCUCUGCCUACUGAGAGGAAAUGUGUACAGAUCCCAUGGAAAUCUUGGAUGCAGUGAGGUUCCAGUAAGGGAGGAUAGAUGUAAAGACAACCAGUGAGGUAAGACAUAUCCAAGGCUCAGUGAGGCUUGAGAAGGAACAUCAGAGAGAAAGUAAGAGAGAACAUUUAGUAAGUGAGACCAAAUUAGGUAAAUAUACAAAAAAAUAGCAAGGGAAAAAUUUUUUUACUGGCAGAAUAUUUAAUUCUCUGAGUCUUCAUGCAGAUAUAUUCAAGCAAUGGAAAAGGAAAAUCAAACCAGUGUCUCUGAAUUUCUCCUCCUGGGCUUCUCGAGUUGGCCAGGGCAGCAGGCACUACUCUUUGCACUUUUCCUGUGUCUCUAUCUAACAGGGAUAUUUGGAAACUUACUUAUCUUGCUGGCCAUUGGCUCAGAUCGUCGCCUCCACACACCCAUGUAUUUUUUCCUUGUCAAUCUGUCCUUGGUGGACCUCUGCCUUCCAUCAGCUACAGUACCCAAGAUGCUACUGAACAUCCAAACCCAGACUCAAUCCAUCUCCUAUCCUGGUUGCCUGGCUCAGAUGUAUUUCUGUAUGAUGUUUGCUAACAUGGAUAAUUUUCUUCUCACAGUGAUGGCAUAUGACCGUUAUGUGGCCAUCUGUCACCCUUUGCGUUACUCCACCAUUAUGGCUCAGCGCCUCUGUGCCUCUUUGGUGGCUGUACCUUGGAUCAUUGCCAUUUUAAACCCUCUCUUGCACACUCUUAUGAUGGCCCAUCUGCACUUCUGCUCUAACAACAUCAUCCAUCAUUUCUUCUGUGAUAUCAACUCUCUCCUCCCUCUAUCCUGUUCUGACACCAGUCUUAAUCAGUUGAUGGUUCUGGUUGUGGUGGGGCUGAUCUUUGUGGUACCUUCAGUGUGUAUCCUGGCAUCCUAUAUCCUCAUUGUCUCUGCCGUGAUGAAAGUCCCUUCUGUCCAGGGAAAACUUAAGGCUUUCUCCACCUGUGGAUCUCACCUUGCCUUGGUCAUUCUUUUCUACGGAGCAAUCACAGGGGUCUAUAUGAGCCCCUCAUCCAAUCACUCAACUGAAAAAGACUCAGCUGCAUCAGUGAUUUUCAUGGUUGUGGCCCCUGUGUUGAAUCCCUUCAUUUACAGCCUAAGGAACAAUGAACUGAAGGGGGCUUUAAAAAAGACCCUAAGCCACAGCAAAAUCUUCCAGUGAUUUAUACUGGCUGAAAGGAGUUUAACAGGAGGCAAAUCUUAAUGAGAUAAUCAUUUCCAUUCUCAUCAUAAUUACAAAUCUGUUAUUAAAUACCUAAUUAAUUACUGACCUAU